UUCAAUUUGUAUUUAGUGUCCUGCUUUAAGAGCCUAUCCAGUAUUUUCAUAUCUGUGUUAAUAUUUAGCUCUUAUUUUUCAAUAUAGGCCGGAAGUGUUAGAAGAUUCACCUCUGGUUCCCCAAAAAGGCAGUUUUCAGAUGGUUCACUGCAAUUGCAGUGUUCACGAAUGUUGUGAAUGUCUUGUGCCUGUGCCAACAGCCAAACUCAACUACACUCUCCUUAUGUGUUUGAAAAUCACAUCUGGUGGAGUAAUUUUCCAGUCACCUCUAAUGUCAGUUCAGCCCAUAAAUAUGGUGAAGCCUGAUCCACCAUUAGGUUUGCGUAUGGAAAUCACAGUUGAUGGUAAUUUAAAGAUUUCUUGGUCCAGCCCACCGUUGGUACCAUUUCCACUUCAAUAUGAAGUGAAAUAUUCAGAGAAUUCUACAACAGUUAUCAGAGAAGCUGACAAGAUUGUCUCAGCUACCUCCCUGCUGGUAGACAGUAUACUUCCUGGGUCUUCAUAUGAGGUUCAGGUGAGGGGCAAGAGACUGGAUGGCCCAGGAAUCUGGAGUGACUGGAGUACUCCUCAUGUCUUUACCACACAAGAUGUCAUAUACUUUCCACCUAAAAUUCUGACAAGUGUUGGAUCUAAUGUUUCUUUUCACUGCAUCUAUAAGAAUGAAAACAAGAUUGUUUCCUCAAAAAAGAUUGUUUGGUGGAUGAAUUUAGCUGAGAAAAUCCCUCAAAGCCAGUAUGAUGUUGUGAGUGAUCAUGUUAGCAAAGUUACUUUUUUCAAUCUGAAUGAAACCAAACCUCGAGGAAAGUUUACCUAUGAUGCAGUGUACUGCUGCAAUGAACAUGAAUGCCAUCAUCGCUAUGCUGAAUUAUAUGUGAUUGAUGUCAAUAUCAAUAUCUCAUGUGAAACUGAUGGGUACUUAACUAAAAUGACUUGCAGAUGGUCAACCAAUACAAUCCAGUCACUUGCGGGAAGCACUUUGCAAUUGAGGUAUCGUAGGAGCAGACUUUACUGUUAUGAUAUUCCAUCUGUUCAUCCCAUAUCUAAGCCUAAAGAUUGCUAUUUGCAGAGGGAUGGUUUUUAUGAAUGCGUUUUCCAGCCAAUCUUUCUAUUAUCUGGCUAUACAAUGUGGAUUAGGAUCAAUCACCCUCUAGGUUCACUUGACUCUCCACCAACAUGUGUCCUUCCUGAUUCUGUGGUGAAGCCACUGCCUCCAUCCAGUGUGAAAGCAGAAAUUACUAAAAACAUUGGAUUAUUGAAAAUAUCUUGGGAAAAGCCAGUCUUUCCAGAGAAUAACCUUCAAUUCCAGAUUCGCUAUGGUUUGAGUGGAAAAGAAGUACAAUGGAAGAUGUAUGACGUUUAUGAUGCAAAAUCAGAAUCUGUCAGUCUCCCAGUUCCAGACUUCUGUGCAGUUUAUGCUGUUCAGGUGCGCUGUAAGAGGUUAGAUGGAUUGGGAUAUUGGAGUAAUUGGAGCAAUCCAGCCUACACAGUUGUCAUGGAUAUAAAAGUUCCUAUGAGAGGACCUGAGUUUUGGAGAAUAAUUAAUGGAGAUACUAUGAAAGAGGAGAAAAAUGUGACUUUACUUUGGAAGCCCCUGAUGAAAAAUGACUCAUUGUGCAGUGUUCAGAGAUAUGUGAUAAACCAUCAUACUUCCUGCAAUGGAACAUGGUCAGAAGAUGUGGGAAAUCACACUAAAUUCACUUUCCUGUGGACAGAGCAAGCACACACUGUUACAGUUCUGGCCAUCAAUUCAAUUGGUGCUUCUGUUGCAAAUUUUAAUUUAACCUUUUCAUGGCCUAUGAGCAAAGUAAAUAUCGUGCAGUCACUCAGUGCUUAUCCUUUAAACAGCAGUUGUGUGAUUCUUUCCUGGAUACUAUCACCUAGUGAUUACAAGCUAAUGUAUUUUAUUAUUGAGUGGAAAAAUCUUAAUGAAGAUGGAGAAAUAAAAUGGCUUAGAAUCUCUUCAUCUGUUAAGAAGUAUUAUAUCCAUGAUCAUUUUAUCCCCAUUGAGAAGUACCAGUUCAGUCUUUACCCAAUAUUUAUGGAAGGAGUGGGAAAACCAAAGAUAAUUAAUAGUUUCACUCAAGAUGAUACUGAAAAACACCAGAAUGAUGCAGGUUUAUAUGUGAUUGUGCCAAUAAUUAUUUCCUCUUCCAUCUUAUUGCUUGGAACAUUAUUAAUAUCGCACCAAAGAAUGAAAAAGCUGUUUUGGGAAGAUGUUCCAAACCCCAAGAAUUGUUCCUGGGCACAAGGACUUAAUUUUCAGAAGGUUGCUUUUUCAAUUUUUUUUAACCCAGAAUGU